CUGCAGCCACUGCCCAUGUUCCUUUCAUCAUCUUGGGCCCUCGCCCUCAUCUCUGGCAUGGGCUCUGCCCUGCCCAGGUAGCGAGGGCCCAGCUGGGGAGGCACCUUCCACCUGCUUCCCUUCUCAGCCAAUCACAGGCCUCACAGGGACAACUGAGACCCUUGUCAAUGGUGGAGUCUGGGGUGCCCAUGGCGGGCUUGGAGGUACUGUACGCGUCGGCGGCGCCGGCCAUCACCUGCGCGCAGGACGCGCUCAUAUGCUUUCUGCACUGGGAGGUGGUGACGCACGGCUACUACGCCUUGGGUGUCGGCGACCAGCCAGGUCCCAAUGAUAAGAAGUCAGAACUGCUGCCUGCUGGAUGGAAUAGCAGUAAGGACCUGUAUGUCCUCCGGUAUGAGUCUAAGGAUGGGUCCAGACAGCUCCUUGUGAAGGCGGUCACCGUGGAGAACAGCAUGAUCAUCAAUGUGCUGGAAAGUGGGUCACAGCAGGUAUCAGAUUUGACCCUGAAUUUGGAUGAUUAUAUCGAUUCAGAACACCUGGCUGACUUCCACAGGACCUACAAGAACAGUGAGGAACUUCGGUCUCGCAUUGUGUCUGGAAUCAUCACACCUAUCCAUGAGCACUGGGACAAGGCUAGUGUCAGCAGUCCCCACCGGGAGUUUCCGCCUGCCACUGCCAGAGAGGUGGACCCGCUCCGGAUUCACCCACAGCACCCACACACGAGCCGGCAGCCUCCCUGGUGUGAUCCCCUGGGCCCGUUUGCUGUCGGGGGAGAGGACCUGGACCCCUUCGGGUGUCGGAGAGGUGGCAUGAUUGUGGAUCCCCUGAGAACUGGCUUCCCAAGAGCACUCAUUGACCCAUCCUCGGGCCUCCCAAACCGUCUUCCUCCAGGCGCUGUGCCCCCAGGAGCACGCUUUGACCCCUUUGGACCCAUUGGGACCAGCCCAUCUGGCCCGAGACCUGACAGACAUGGUCAGUGAUGAACCCCUGUGCUGGAGUGGAAAGAACACCACGGAGUACCAGGCUCAUAGGCAAGAGAUCAAGGCAUUAGUCACUUUCCCUCCACAACUAGCAUUUCAUCCAUGGGUGGGUCCUUUUACUUCUCAGCUCCUUGGGUUCUUUCCCUGAUAUUAGGGCAUACUGUUUAUCUAUGGGCAGAGGGUAGGCUACCAGAGACUUCCUGAGGUGUCUGCUAAUAUGCUGUAGCCUGGGAAUACCUGUCCGAGUGUGGGUUAGGGAUAAACUGAGCUGGAGCCUGUGGGGAGGCUAGCGUGAGCAGGCUCCCCGGGCAUUUCUGGCAGACCCCAUCUUGAGCACCGAGUUAUUAAAAGACCACCUCGGCACCUUUAGAACAUUUCUAUUCUGGAGAGAGAUGCAGAGAUUUGGCAGAGCUACAAAUGCAGCCAUCAGUCAUAGUCUUCCUCAGGCCUGCACACAGGUGGAAAGUUUGUUUUGGAAUUGGAUUUUUCCUGUUAUGGAAAGAACGUGGGGCACUUUGGUCACACAGGCAUCCUUUAUCAUGAAAGGAAGCAUCUAAAGAAACAUCACACUAGAAACCAUCAGACAAGCAGGGAAAGUAGAUCACUUUAGAACCAUGAUUCGUGGAAAAGAAGAUUGGAACAAUGAAUUUGCCACUUAGGUUUUCUAGUAGCAAAGGUCAAAAGGAUGGUCUUAUACAUAAUUCUCUUUUCUGAAAACAGAAACUUCAGUGACUGUCAUCUACAGAAUCAGCCAUUUUUUGCAUGGAUCUCCUUGUAUCAAGGACACUGAGGAACACAGACAAUGUCUUAGUUGUGCCGGGGGUAGUGAACGGGGCCUUCAGGAACUUUCAGGUCAUGCUGUCUGUGCUCGUAGUCUGGGCCACUUCACUCCUCCCAGCUGCCAGCAAUCGCCAGGAAGCCAACGGGAGUGGUUGCGGGUAUGUCUUGUGGAAUUUGAAAGGUGGGAGCCUUAACAAUAAAAUCAGCACUUAAUAACGUGUUCCUUUUUUUAUAUGUAACAGCUUUAUUGAGAUACACUUCACAUACCCAUAAAGUUUACCUUUUUAAAGUG